CCUAUUUCGGCCACAACUUUGUAUCCACCAAGCGGCCAGGCCCAAGUGAACUUUCUCGUGGACAAUAGUAAGUAAAUUCCACGGAAUCACAGCCUGCCACAGCGUAUUGCAGAACAAUCACUACGCGUCAACCGCAGCGGUCCAUAUUCCCUCAGAUGCGCUGGCAGAUCUCCGCUGUGGACUCGGAAAAUGUGCGCCGCAGUGACUGUGGACCCUUGCCAUUCAGCACCCUUUUUAUCCCAGACCACAAUCCGCAUAUGGAUCAUGAGCAUUUGGUUUAUAAGGCGCGUCUCAACGAAAAUUUAUGCACCAUCUAAACUGCUUCACACCCUUCUACCUCAUCAUGCAAGACACCUCUCCAGAAGAUACUCCUCCAUUCAUAUUUGCCAAUCUUUCGACGGAGCUCGUCCUUCUCGUCUUUUCACACGCUGCAAGACCUACUUUCGUCAAAAUUGACGACAAUGUGCCGAAGAAUCCAUAUGCAUCUGCCCUCUCGCUAUGCAGCGUCUCCAAAAUCGUCAGACGCACCGCCCUUCCUCAACUUCUGCGCACAGUAUUGCUCUCGGAAUACAAAAACGUCACGACUUUCGUGCGCGCUCUGCGCAUGCAGCACGCAUACGCUCAACAAGGAAGCGACCUCCAUGUCGACUACGCAGGUUACAUAGACAGGAUUUGGUUUGGACAAAUCUGCGAACCUCCCCCACAAGCUCCCGUGCACCGCAGCUUUUCCUCAUCUAUCACGCCUGAGCUUAACAUUGACUUCAGCCUACUGGCUCCAGUGCUACUAUCCGCACCCUCCCUCGCGCUUGACUUUGAAAGUCUGUGGCUUCUUUACGGCUGUCUUGAGUCCACGUGGAAUUCCCAUAUCUGCAUGAAUAAUAACAACGAAUGUUCCGCCCCUCCCUGGAACACCAAAACAUUGACGCUAGUCGGGGAAUUCAAUCGAUGGCGCCCUCUCACAAGCACUGCCGAAGGAUCCGCUUUGCUCGCCUCCAUCUCACGCCUCACUUUCCUCUCCCCCACAAAAGCAGAAGCCUUUCUACUCCCUACCUAUGAUCCCUGCUUUGACGACUUGGAACAUCGGAAAUACCCGCUCCCCGAGUGGAUGACGAGCGUCCCAUGGGCUUCUUUCAAAAGCCUUCAAUCCGUCUCGCUGACCCUCCCCCGUAUUGUGCUCACGGUCGCUGUGGAGACGAGUUAUCGUGAGGGGAAUGUGGACGUCGAGCUGUUGACGUUGUUCGAUCCCCCGCAGUCAGCCCACUGGGCACCCAAGGAUAUAAGCGCUUACACUGAGAGUGGGGAAGGGUGUGUUGUGUCGAUUGAUGUUCGCGCGAAGUCGGAGGAUUCUCCCACCCAGUUUAGUUUUUCCUUUGAUUGGGAGGAGGCUUGGGCGCGUGGAUUACCUAGGAUUUCGUAGCGCUCGAAGAAGUUUUUUUGUCUAUCGCUCUUAUUAUCCGUCUUUGUUAAUUUUCUAUUCUUCGUUAGCACGUAGCCUCUUUCCAUUCUUAUGGCUUGUGGGUUCAAUAUUUUUCUUUUGUUAAUUCCUAGCCACUCUACUUGUUUACACUCAGUGCUGUACUUGUGCUUGUUUAUUGCAUGUUUGUAAUAAGUUUGUAAUCAUGAAUUCGACUCUUGGUUACUAGAGCUCGAGAGUCGAGGCGCUC